AUGGCGUCCAGGUCGCAGCUUGCCAACCCGCUGCUCAACCCCCUCCUCUUCGUCUACCAAAUCAUCCAAUGGCUCAUCAACUACGCGCUGUCGCCCAGCCCGCCCCGGGCCGAUGCUGAGCUGUCCCGGCCCAAGAUUGCCGUUGUGGGCGCCGGCAUCACGGGCAUCACGGCCGCCGCCCACUGUGUCGGCCACGGCUUCGACGUGACGAUUUUCGAAGCCGGGCCCGAGGAGCAGCUGGGCGGGAUCUGGAGCAGAGUCAACGACACCUCGGCCCUCCAAAUCCACUCCGUCAUGUACAGAUUCCACCCCUCGGUCAAGUGGGAGCGCGGAUAUCCCGACCGCAAGCAAAUCAUCCACGAGGCCAAGCAGCUCUGGCGCAGGUACAACCUCCAGAACAAGACCAGGUUCGACUUCCGGGUCGACAAGGCGUACCAGGACGACAAGGCCCGCUGGAUCAUCAACAACCCUUCCAACGGCCGCUUCGACGGCCUGGUCGCCGCCGUCGGCACCUGCGGCGACAUCAAGAUGCCCAACCUGCCCGGGCUGGACUCGUUCAAGGGCGACGUCUACCACUCCAGCCAGCUGACGGGCAAGAACGCCAAGGGCAAGAAGCUCGCCGUCAUCGGGGGCGGCGCGUCGGCCAUCGAGGCGCUCGAGUUCGCCGCCAGGGCCGACGCCGCCAAGGUGACCAUCAUCUCGCGCUCCGAGAAAUGGAUCAUCCCGCGCAACAUUGUCGUCGACACGCUGCUGUCCUUCAACAUCCUCGGCCAGGAGACGGUGCUCUCCUUCAUCCCCGAGUUCCUGCUGCGCAAGCUCUUCUACCGCGACCUCGAGGACAUUGCGCCCGCGCGCGGCAACGGCCUCUUCAUGGACACGCCCAUGGUCAACUCGGACAUCAUGGCCAAGCUGCGCGACGGCAAGGCCGCCUGGGUCCGCGGCGACAUCGAGGCCGUCGUCGAGCGCGGCGUGCGCGUGAACCGGCGCGCCAGGGGCGUCCCCAAGGGCGGCCCGGGCCACGACGAGGUCGUCGACGCCGACAUCAUCGUCAUGGCCACGGGCUUCAAGCGCCCGUCGCUGUCCUUUUUGCCCGACGACUGCUUCGCCGACCCCUACCCGCCGCCCAACUGGUAUCUCCAGACCUUCCCGCCGCCGCACCCGUCCGUGUCCGCCAUCAACUGCACCUACGUCUCGGCCAUUGGCUCCGUCGGCAACUGGCACAUUGGCAUCUACACGCGCAUCCUGCUCAUGUUCCUCGUCGACCCGCUCGCCCGGCCCAGCCCCUUUUGGAUGCGCCGCUGGAUCGACAUGACGCGCCUGCUCAAGCGCUCCAGCCCGACCGGCGCCUUUGACUUCUUCACCUACCUCGAGCUGGUGUGGUGGUUCGUCUUUUGCGUCGCCAUCAACCCCUUCCGCUGGAAGUGGGCCGUCUUUGUGUUUCUCGGCGUCGGCAUCGACUUGCCCAAGGCCUUUGUCGAGAGGGAGCGGCGGCUGCUGAACGGCGUCGAGGGCUACGAGAACAGGGAUGCUGGGAGGAGUUUCUAA